AUGGCUGUCAUAUCCCAGAUCUUCCACCUCCCUCCGCCCUACCCCCAGACGACUCCUAUAACCUCCACCAGCCCUCCCAAUCUCUCUCUGCUGCCUCUGGUCGAUGCCAACGAUCCUAGGACUACCUCCUCCUUCGACUCUCUUCCACCCUUCCUCCCAUCUACAUCCACAUCACCUCUGGACCUCCUACCUCUGGACCUCCCCUACCACACCUCCGACACCUCCGGUCGUGUACCUCUGGUACCUCCCCACUCCUACCUUACCUCUGGCUCCCAGAACUCCGAAACUGACUCCGGAGCCCCACUUCCCUUCCAUCACCUUCUCCUUGCCGACUCCCAAGAGGUUAUCCCACCUCCAGCUCCGACACCACCUUUGGUCCGACUCUGGAACAUUCCGGGUCCAACCUCAACCUCGACACCUUCCAGACGAGCACGCAACACCUAUGCUCCCGACUCCGGACCUCCACUCCGGAAUCCCGUUCAUGUCUCCAUCUCCGGAACCUCUGGUCUUAGCUCCGACCUCGGACUUUGA